AUGGAGCAGCUUAACCGCUCGAUCUCAAAGCUCAAGCCGCCAACAAAGAUCACCUCCACUGCAACGCCCUCGUCCACCAUCGCAACUGCCCUCGCGGUCGCAGCCGCCAUGGGGGCCAACGAAAACACCGCAACAAAUAACAACUUCAGGAACAACAACAGCAAUAACAACACAGCACCAACCGCCGUAGUAACAGCUGGGCUCAAGAGGAAGGCUGAAGAAACUAGGCCAAACUGGGUCUGUCAAGACAACAGCAGCUACUACAAGAACACCCCUGGUUCGGACAGUACUGCGAGGGACUACUGCUACCCCUGCCACUACAUCAACCUCUACAGCCACUCGGCGGACCGUCGCAAGGACUGCAACAUCUGUAACCUCAACAAGGACAAGACCUUGGUACCGAUGAUACCCAAGAAGAAGAAGAGACCGGCAUGGGACACCAAGGGUCGACUGGAGGAUAUGGAAGAGUUGACGGCUGUGCUGAACGAACAGCUGCAGACGUCCAGCCACAAUAUGAAAGACCUGUCGAACAAACUCAAGUCUAGUGAGGACCAAAUCGCGCAGCUGCAGUCGUUCAGGCAGAACCUCGAGAGUAAAGUGGCGCUCAAGGAGAAUGAAAACAGGACAAUCUUUCAGAAAAUGCGGCAUGUGGAGCAGGACUUGCAGACAACGGCUAGGAAGAAUGAGGAGGAGAUCCACUCUCUCAGGAUGCAGCACUCGAUUCACAUGGACCAACUCAAGAUGACGCAGACUCGACUGAAGCAGGAGAAAGACUUGUUGCAAUCAAAGCUGCAAUCUACAAACGGCCAACUCGAAAGCCAGAUGCAGGAAAACACAAGUCUUCGCUCAACCAUAUCGACCCAGUCCGCCAAUUGCCUCGCCUUGGAGAGCGACAACCGUGCCCUUAAGGAGAAGAUCCAGCGAACGGAGAACACAUUGGAGCAGCGUGAGACAACUAUUCUCAUGCUUGAGCGCAAGCUCGCAGAGUCUCGAAAGUCGGUGAAGGACUUGGAUCAACGGAUUCGAGAGGAGGAGACCAUCCGUCGUCGGCUGCAUAACACCAUCCAGGAGCUUAAGGGUAACAUCCGUGUAUUCUGCAGAGUCCGACCUGUGUCAUCUUCGGUGAACGCAUCCAAGAAUGAGACGGCGACGGCUUCGAUCACAUACCCGGAUAUUGAGGGUCGCCAGAUUGAGUUUGCGCAUGCCACCGAGACGGCGACAGGAUCGCAGGUUGCAAAAGCGUAUCCUUUCACAUUUGACAGAGUCUUUCAGCCCACGUCAACGCAGGAGGAUGUGUUUGAGGAGAUUUCGCAGCUGGUGCAGUCGGCCCUGGACGGAUACAACGUCUGUAUUUUUGCAUAUGGCCAGACUGGAAGUGGCAAGACACAUACCAUGGAGGGUCCACUGAAUGCGUCGGCAGAAUCGAUGGGUAUGAUUCCUCGUUCAGUGCUCCAGAUCUACGAGAAUGCCGAGGCGCUCAAAGCCAGAGGAUGGACGUAUCAGAUGGAGGGUCAGUAUGUUGAGAUAUAUAACGAGACGGUGAACGACCUGCUAGGAAACGAUGGGCUGAAUGGAGCCAAGAAGCACGAUAUUCGGCAUGCAGAUGGCAAGACGACAAUCACGGACAUCACGACGGUUGUGCUGACCUCACCCGAAAAGGUUGCUGCCCUGUUGAAGAAGGCUGCUCACAACCGGUCUGUUGGCUCCACCUUGAUGAACGAGCGAUCCUCACGUAGUCACUGCGUGUUCACGCUUCGUCUGUCGGGAAAGAACUCAAUUACGGACGAAUCGAGUGAAGGAGUUCUCAACUUGAUUGAUUUGGCAGGAUCUGAACGCUUGUCGCAGUCGGGAGCAAAGGGUGAUCGACUGAAGGAGACCCAGGCUAUCAACAAGAGUCUGAGUGCCUUGGGCGAUGUCAUUUCGGCCAUUGCUAAUCCCAAUGCCAACACCCAUGUCCCUUACCGCAACUCCAAGGAGCCAUUGGACCAUUGGCUCUUGGACCCUGCCAAAUUUGCGACCCUGGGUGCACAAGCCACCACCCACGACACGUCGAAGCUGAAGGACUCGGAGGAGUCUCAAAACUAUCUUUUCUUUGUGCCCUUUGGCUUCCUUCUUCUCACCCCGAACUUCACUCACCUCCUUUAA